CAAUUUACAUCUUCGUUAUAUUAUUGACUUUUUGUUUUUAAAGUAUAGUAAACAAUCAACUGAUAUAUUUUGUCAAUAAAAUAUUAAACGCCCCUAAAAGUAGGCUUUAACAACCGUGGCACGAACAGACGAAACCAACUGGUUGCCUUGUUACAGGGGACAAUCAUGAGAAUUUUAAAUAUGGCGACGCCCGUGAUUAUCACAUAACCUUGUUUAGCCAAGUGAAAUUAGUUCGUUAUUAACUUAAAAUCAUUGAAACCGUAAUUUACAAAGUAAACAAUAAAUUCCUCGGAUAUUCAAAAUGCUACUAAAGCUUUGUCAACCUUCAUCAUACAGUGCUUUAAAAAAAAUCAAACAAAACAAGACUCGAAUUAACCUCAACAAUAUAAUUUCAAGCCAAUUAUGUCAACAAAAUCACAUUAUUAGAAAUUUAACACUAUCGGGACAUGUUUUGGCUUUACCAGCAAACAGUGUUAUGCACGUGUUCGAUAGAAAUGCAAAAUUACUUCAAAGAGAACGUGCAGCAAAAAUGCCGAAUCCAAAAACCUAUGACUAUCUCAAAGAUGAAGUAGGCUAUAGAUUGUCAGAUAAAAUUUUCGAUAUUAAAAGAAAAUUUAAAAAAGCUCUUGAUUUAGGUUGUGGUAGAGGACAUGUAGCCAAACACAUGGCCAGUGAUUCAAUUGAAGAGGUAAUAUUAUCAGAUUUGAGCCCAAGUUUUUUGGAGCAAGCUAAUAUAACCGAUGAAUUAAUUAAAGUGCAAAAGCAAGUUAUGGAUGAAGAAACUUUUUCACUUGAACCAAAUAAUUUAGAUUUAAUUGUCAGUUCUUUGAGUCUUCAUUGGGUUAACGAUUUACCGAGAUGCUUUAGUCAGAUAAUUAAUUGCUUGAAACCGGAUGGUGUUUUUCUCGGUGCAAUGUUUGGCAGUGAUUCACUUUACGAACUAAGAGGAUCAUUGCAAUUAGCAGAGCUGGAAAGAGCAGGUGGAGUGGCAGCACAUAUUUCUCCUUUUGCAGAAAUUAGAGACAUUGGAGCUCUAAUGACGAGGGCAGGAUUCACAAUGUUAACAAUAGACACUGAUGAAAUUAUCGUUGGUUACCCAACUAUGUUCGAACUUAUGUGGGAUUUAAAAGGCAUGGCAGAAAACAACGCAUCAAGGAAUCGAAAAUUACAUUUAAAUCGAGACAUUAUGAUGGCUGCUGCAGCAAUUUAUAAUCAAUUAUAUGGUAAAACAAAAGAAGAUGCUUCAAAAUAUAUUCCAGCGACAUUUCAAAUUAUUUAUAUGAUUGGGUGGAAACCAGAUCCAUCGCAACCAAAACCAUUACAACGAGGAACAGGGCAAAUAUCUUUAAAAGAUAUUCACAGACUAGAUGAAAUUAUCAAAGAAACGAAAAAAAUCAAACUUGGCGAUAACGACAAAUAAUUUUCAUCACGAAUUUUUGUAAAUAAUGUACAAAUUGAAAAAUAAACUUAAUAUAUAUUUGUAGGAAAAAAA